GGAGUGCUUCCGAUCGCAGGUGUUCGGGCUCCCGAUAUCGAGGAUCGAGGCAGUGAUGAGGAUCCAGCCCGGGACUGCUCUGUUCCUCUACGAUUGCGAGCUCAAGAUCCUCUACGGGGUUUACAGCGCUCUCUCUUAUGGCGGCGCUAAUCUUGUUCCCGCUGCUUUUGCUGGAAAGUAUCAAGCUCAGGUGAAAUUCCGGAUAGAAAGAAAUUGUCAUCCGCUGCCUGAGAGUGCUUUUAAACAUGCUAUACAAGAGAAUUACACCAGAAAAAGAUUUAGACCUGAUCUCAAUUACUAUCAGGUCAGCAGAUUGUUGUCCUUGUUCCAGAAUGCCACAGCACCUCCUCGUCAACCUCCACCCCUUGUUGACUCCCAAUAUGCUCAUCAGACCGUGAGGCACCAAACUUCAAUAGAUUCGCAAUACGUGACAGCAGUGCUCCUACCUCCUCCCAUGAAUAAUCACUAUCAUUCUGCGCCGCAGCCCCCUCCACCAGUGUGGCCAUCGACUGCACAUGCAAAUUAUGCAACUCAAGCACCAUUGCCGCCAUCUAAUGAUCAGUACUAUUCUGCACCUACGUAUUACCAAGCUAAAACAUUGCAGGCCUCAAAUGGUUGUCAGUAUUAUCCUACGCCUCCCAACUACCAAGCUCUGCCGCUAACUGCAGGGCCAAGUCAGCUGUGUUAUCCUGUGCCUGCAGGAGGAUCCACACAGGAUUACUACCCUGGAAAUGUUGUCCAAGCUUAGAGGCUAAAGUCCAAGUGGAAUUCAGCUGAAAUGAAUGAUCAGUGUUCCGUUGCUGUUCUUCGACUCACUGGCCUGAAAAGUAUCAUCAUGUAUUUAUGUAACAUAGGCGUCUUACUUUUUAGGACCCUUACUCGAGAAGCUACUUACAAACUUUGCUAAUCAGCGUAUAGCUGCUGUGUUUCUGUGUUUAUAUGUCAUCUAGACUCGUGUAUGGGACACAUGACUAAGCAUCAUUUCUAAUGUUUUGGCUCUCUUCAAUUUGA